CAUACAAAGUCACUUCAACAUAGAUAUUGGUCUCGGUAGCUAACAAACAAGCAAUCAAUUUCAUUGUGAUUUUCUUGUCGGAACACAAUCAUAUUCUGAUUGAAGGUCUGGUUCAAACCAAGUUCAUUACUAGUCAUACAGAGAGAAGAUGGCAGGGCAAGAGCAGAGGCGUCGCGGGGUAAUCCUAGUCCCUUUCCCAUAUCAAGGACACAUAAAUCCGAUGCUUCAGUUAGGCACCAUCCUUCACUCCAGGGGCUUCUCUAUCACAAUUAUCCACGCCAAAUUCAACUCCCCUGACCCCUCUAACAACCCUGAAUUCGUCUUCCAUUCCAUUCCGGACAACUUGUCUGUGAACCAAAAAUCUUCAGGGGACAUAUUGGGCAUCAUAUUGGCUUUGAAUUUCAAUUGUCAAACACCUUUCCAGGAAUGUUUGGUUCAGUUGAUUGAACAACAGGACCAACAUGGGGAGAUCUCCUGCGUUGUUUAUGACGAACUCAUGUACUUCUCUGAGUCGGUGGCUAGUCAUCUGAGGAUUCCGACCAUUAUCUUGCGCACGACUACAGCUGCCACUUUUGUUUCUCGCCUUACCCUGCAGAAUCUCAAGGCAGAAGGCUAUCUCCCUUUGCAAGAUUCCAUGUUGCUGGACCCAGUUCCUGAUCUUCAACAUCUCAGAUUCAAAGAUCUACCAAUAUCCAUAUUAGGGACACCAGAAAUUUUUUUUCAACUGAUAUCCCACGUGAGCAAUGUCAGAAAAUCUUCGGCUGUCAUUUGGAAUACCACAGAAUGCCUUGAGAAAUCACUACUGAUGCAGCUCAAGCAGCAUUUCCAAGUUCCAAUCUUUCCUAUAGGCCCUAUGCACAAAUUUGCACCUACUUCCUCCAGUAGUCUACUAGAAGAGGACACAAGCUGCAUUACAUGGCUUGACAAGCAAACCCGUAAUUCAGUAUUGUAUGUAAGUUUGGGGAGUUUAGCUUUGAUGGACAUCUCAGAACUAACAGAAAUGGCUUGGGGCCUUGCCAACAGCAAGCAACCUUUCUUGUGGGUUAUAAGGCCUGGUAUAGUUAAUGGUUCAAAAUGGAUUGAAUUCUUGCCUCGGGGUUUUGUAGAAUCCAUUGCUGAAAGAGGUUACAUUGUGAAAUGGGUUCCACAGAAGGAAGUGUUGGCACACGAUGCGGUGGGAGGGUUUUGGAGCCAUUGCGGCUGGAACUCUACUAUUGAGACUAUAUCCGAAGGGGUUCCAAUGAUAUGCAAGCCAUCCUUUGGAGAUCAAAGAGUGAAUGCUAGGUAUGUGAGUCAAGUGUGGAAAACAGGCCUACAUUUGGAAAAUAAUCUCGAAAGUCAUGAGGUGGAAAGAACCAUAAGAAGAUUAAUGGUGGAUGAAGAAGGAGAAGAGAUGAGACAUAGAGCACGGGAAUUGAAGGAGGAAGUUGAACAAUGUGUUAGGAAUGGAGGUUCGUCCAACAAUCAUUUAGAAGACUUUGUCAAACUUAUAAGCUCCUUUUAACAAGUUUUGUGGCCAUUCCCCGCUCUGUUCAACGCUGUGCCGGCCAGUUUUGUGAGACACUUGUAUUAAGCACUUUUGCAAGGCAGGCCUAGAACUGGAGCAAAAAAAUUCAAGAGUAAAAGCAAAGAAAUAUGUCGUGUUGGAUCAGGGUUUAAGUGUGUUUUUAUAUGUGAUAGGUUGGGCUUCCUCGAGUUGGCACUUGAGGAAGGCCUGGGAAUAAUGUCAUAUUAGAUCGCCCUCACGUGUUGGACGUUUUUUUAAUUUUACAAUCAGAAUUGUAUUAGUUUUUGAUUUGGAAUCCAAAACGGAUUAGGGUUUA